ACCGGGUUCGUAAAAGUCUAGUCGUUUCGAAUGAUAAACCGUUUGGAGAAGACCGGAGAUGGCGGUGAGACAAAAAAAAAGCUAUGGCGACGUUGCCGAAGCUGAUUCGAGCCAUGAGAAAUGGAUCUCCCAAGCAUCACAACCUCGUCUUGCCAUCUCUACGAAGAGCUUUCUCUCUCUACGAUCAGAUCAAUCUCAUCGACAACGUUCCCGAGGAUCAACUUCGGUUUCAGGAAUUUGAUGAGACGAGUUUCACGGUGAAUGGGGUUAAGUACGAUGGGAGCUUGCUCUGUGUUGGGAACUUGCUGAUGUCAUGGAGCCCUCGUAGCUUCUCCGAGAUCACAACAGAUAGCUUGUCAAUCUUCCAGACUGUUCGACCAAUUCCAGAGCUUUUAAUUGUCGGCUGUGGAAGAUACAAUCACCCAGUGAAUCCCCAAGUCCGUCAGUUCGUGAAGUCAAUUGGAAUGAAGCUAGAAACUUUGGACUCUAGAAAUGCUGCAUCGACUUACAACAUACUGAAUGAGGAAGGCAGGAUCGUGGCGGCUGCGUUGCUUCCUUAUGGAGUUACAUCCUAACUCACAGCACGGUCUGUUAAAUGAAAUGUUUCACACUCGAAACUUUUGUCAAAGAAUCAGUCUUUCAAUAGUGAAACUUAUCUUGUCUUAUAGCUUAAAUAAAAUUGAGCUUCAUCUGGAAAAACGUUUUGCAGUUUCCUGCCUUAUUACAUUGGUGACGUGGAAAGUAAAGAACGUUGUUCAACUUAUGUUCUAAAUAGCACGAGACUGUUGUUUUUCUCACCAUUUUCAACAACUGCUACUGUCACAUUUGAGGGUUUCAUAGUUUUGUUGAAGUUAAUUUAGAGAAGAUUUUGCAGUAA